AUGCUCACAAAGCGUCCCAUCCACUUGGCUCGCAUUGUGCAUUUAUCUUCCGCUUUCCCUUUAGCAAAGUCCGUGCGCCAGGAGUUGUUUGGGCCUUACGAAUGUUCCUUCAACAUACUGCCUGGAUCAUCAGUAAAACAAGAAGUGUUUUUCAGAAUUACACCCAUAUUGGUGCUGCGUCCAAGCGCGGAGACAGUGUAUGAGGGCAAUGCCUACAAUCUUACCUGCGAGAUCAUUGCCUACCCACGCGCUCAGACUGGUGACAUAACUUGGCAGCGCAAUAACCAGCCACUCUGGGUGGAGGAUCCCUUGACUGGGCGGUUAGCUGCUUCGCCCACCUACGAUCCUGAAGGUCGUGUGCAUCUACUUUCUGUCCACAGCCACCAUGACACUCUCUCGUUCUCCCAUCUGGAAGCUGUUGAUCGCGCCGUCUAUGUGUGCUCUGUAAAAACGACCGUCGGUAACAAUAGCUGCGGCGUCUUCGUUCGAGUCAAAAGCGCGAAAUCCACUUUUUGGCCCCUCCUCGGCAUCGGGGUUGAGCUCAUUGUUUUGACAGCAUUCAUCUUAAUUUACGAGCGCAAACGACGGAUUGUCAAAUUCAAGCCUGAACCACCCGCGUUCAACGACAGGCAGGCGGCAGGUCCCCCUAAAGCUGCUUUGCGCGACUCCGGGUACGUGAGCGCCGCUGGCUCCUCCUGA